AUGGCGGGGCCACCGCCUUCAGGCAUUACAUGGCUCGAUGACGACAAAUGGAUAGGACGCGAGAUAACGUUUGAUGAACCCAUUCCAUCAAAAUGGAGGACUGUUCGAAAAAUUCAUGAACGCGAGAUCGUGCACACCGAAUGGGAAGGGAAAGAGUUGGACUUCAGGGCUGAAGGACGUGGUGUUUUCCUUUGCACCAAUGGCGACGGUAAAGAGGCCGUAGUCAAAGUUCGGUUCCAAAUCCCGUACAUGGGAACAUAUUCUAGCUCCUCUGAAGAGAGAGCAAAACAAGCCAGACACAAUAUGGACGAAAAGACUCUGUUUGAAAUUGAUGCUCUACGAUGUCUAACGCAAGCAGGCUGUUCAUCAAGCCCAGCUUUGCUAGGCUGGACGCGCGAAACCCAAGGCAAUACCGACUGGGUCCCCGGGGGAUAUCUCGAAUAUAUCCUAAUGGAGCGGGUGCCAGGGGUCAGACCGCCCGCUUAUUGGCACCCAAUGGAUCAAGAGGAGAGGGAUUGGCUUUUAAAAGCAUUCAAGGAGGCAUAUAUUGAGUGUAUGGCUUGUGGCAGAGUACAUUUGGACGAGGGAGAACGAAACCUCAUUUGGGACAAUAGAGCCGGGAAGUGCUAUAUUGUUGAUUGGGAAGAUGCGUUGGAGACUACUCCUAAGGAUUCCUGGCACGAUAGGAAGUACAAGCUCUAUCUCCUGAAAUGGGACUGA